AUGAAUGAGUAUGGGGGUUUAUAUAUGGUAUAUGAUAAAAAUUCUUUUGGUAAAAUUCACUAUACCUAUAUGGAUGCUAUAGAUUUGCAAUACAAAGGCCUAUCUAUGGGGCAAGAGAUAGUCCUGACUUCCUACGCUGCCAUUGAUUUCUCUGGGAACAGACUUGAAGGACAGAUUCUUGAAUCUAUCGGUCUCUUGGAGGAAUUGAUUGCGCUCAACUUAUCGAACAACGCCUUCACAAGCCAUAUUCCUCCGUCUUUCGCCAAUCUUAUGAAACUCGAGUCACUUGAUAUGUCAAGAAAUCAACUCUUUGGAACUAUUCCCAAUGGACUAGGGAGCCUCUCGUUUUUGGCGUACAUAAACGUGUCUCACAACCAACUCAAGGGUGAAAUACCACAAGGACCACAAAUUAUUGGGCAAUCUAUAUCUUCCUUUGAAGGGAAUGCUGGUCUUUGUGGUCUUCCUUUGGAGGAGACUUGCUUUGGGAGUAAUACUAAUACGCCACCAACACAACAGCCUAAAGAAGAAAACGAGGAAGAGGAACAAGUGUUGAGCUGGAAAGGGGUGGCCAUAGGAUAUGGACCUGGAGUGUUGGUUGGAUUGGCAAUAGCACAACUCAUUGCUUCAUACAAGCCCGAGUGGCUUGCAAAGAUUAUUGGUCCGCCAAUGCGUAAAAGCCGUUAG